UCCAUGUCAUUCAAACCCGACGUGGUCUAUUAAAAGUAUCGCCUUGCUGGUGACUGAACUUCUACUAUUUAUGAAGCCCCGGGCUAGUCAUUGCAGACAACACAGUGACUGGGAAAAGAAUUGAAUACUACUUACGCGAGACGAACCGGUGCGUAAAACCAGAGGAAUAAUGGGCCUCUCUCAAACGCUACUCUUUUACGUGCUGGUGUGCGUUCACCUUGGAGUUUCCCAGCAUUACCUUCGCCUCCGUCCAUCGCCCAGCGAUCACCUCCCUGUGCCCGACCUCAAAGAGGACCCCGACCCGGAGUACGACCCCCGGGAGCAGGACUUGGCCGAGAGGACUCUGAGGAAAAAGCUCGGCAGUAACUUUGACCCCAACUUUAUGUCCAUCACCUCGCCCAUGCUGGUGAACCUCUCCGCGCUAGACAACCAGGUGAAGCUGCAGGGGCCCAUGCCUAACGAGAUUAAAAAGCUGGACCUUACAGAGACCCCCUAUGGAAAGCGGGUAAAAGUGGGCAAGAAAGCCCGCAGGAAAUUUCUGCAGUGGCUGUGGACCUAUACGCACUGCCCAGUGGUGCACACCUGGAAGGAUUUGGGCGUGAGGUUCUGGCCACGUUACAUCAAGGAGGGAAACUGUUUUUCUGAGCGCUCGUGCUCCUUCCCCGAGGGGAUGUCUUGCAAACCCGUCAAGUCAAUCAACAAGAUUUUCCUCCGGUGGUAUUGUCAAGGGUUUAUAAUAAAGAAAUACUGUACGUGGAUACAGGUGCAAUACCCAAUCAUCUCAGAGUGCAAGUGCUCGUGCUGAUUUUCUCUAAGGAGUGGAGGUCGAGUGGGAGUGGACUGGAAAUACGGUUUCUAUUGCACUGUUAACUCUCUACAGAGGUGGGCACCAUAGCAAAUCUAUUUUUUUAUAUAGCAUUUUAAGUGAAAUACCAACAUUGUACAUAUUUAAGAAAAAUGCAGCUAUUUUUUCUAAUUGAACCAGGACCAUAUUUUAUUCUCAACCCUGAACCGUGUUUUGGGGGGAACACGAGCACUUCAUAAGGAAGAGCUUUUUUUUUGUUGAUAUUUUUUAUGAGACAUUGAAGAUGCAAUGCAUAUGCUACACUUCUCCAAGAGGUGAACUUUUUCUUCAACUGAACAUUGAUGCUGACUGUUAUUUCACUGCAAUGCUGCCUAGAGUUUUUGUAUAAUAUUAAUAUCAAUAAUAAUUAAAUUGUAAAAAAAAAAGUUGAGGUUAAAAAUAUAUAUAAAGGCGUGAACUCAGCUUUUUUGGAAUACAUAGUAUUGUAGAAAUAAAAAAAUCUGUACGUUUUAUUUAUUAUUUUAACGAUUGUGAGUAUAGAGCAUAAGGAAAGAGAAUAGCAGAGUA